AUGAUUGUUAACUCUCCUUUUGUAGUUGCAGUCAUUAAGCCGGAAUUUUAUUACAAUACCGUUAUUCAUGGAGGGAGCAAUGGAGGCGUUCUACUAACACUAAAAGGAAGGGGAUUUGCGAAAAAUCAAUUUACUUUCGGAACCGGUAAUGAACACUUGGGAAACAAAGUCGUACUAACUUCAGAAUCUAAGACUUUUCCCUGCGAUAUUCACCCAGAUGGCAACACAGAAACCCAGAUCACAUGCUACACAAGGCCGAUGCCUCAAGGUCGCUACUACAUUCGUAUAUCUGUGGAUGGUGAACUCAUACCAGAUGCUAAUAUAUGUGGCGGUCGUUUGGACAGUAGCUCUUGCACUCAUCAAGUCUGGAACCAUUAUACUCCCCUCCUUAACGAACUAAAAACAAUUUCUGGACCCCCAGGAUCAAUGGUAAAAAUAGUUGGCCGUAUUUUCACAUCACGCUUUGGAAGCAAUUUAGGCUCGACUUCGAACGGAAGAUCAGAAUCAAUUCUGAGAAUCUACGGCGGCGGAAAUACUUGUGAAUUAAAAGACCUUGAAAAUGAUAAAUUCUAUGGUAUAGGUAUGACCAACUACAAUUGGGGAUACAUGAAUUGUAAACUUCAAGGAAGAUUUAUAGGAAGUUUUAAUGUAAGUUUCCUAAUUAGUGGACGUUUCGGGAGGUCCUUGCCUAAAGCCGAUUUGUUGAAGGUCAGUUCUGGUGGCAAAAUAUAUUUAUUCCAGACUUAUGCAGAAGUUUUAUCCGUUUAUCCCAAAGAAGGCAGCCUUAUGGGAGGAACGCUGCUGACUAUCAAGGGUAGGAACUUCGAUGAAACCACAGCAAAAGCCCGAGUUUUCAUUGGAGACACAUCGUGCAAAAUCGUGAAGCCAGUGACUAAUGAUAUUAUAAUAUGCAGAGUUGCACCUAAACCGGCAAUUUUACCAAAUCUGCAUGCAGGAAAUCGUGGGAUUCGGAUGGAGUCUUGGACAAAAAAUGUCGGUAACGAUAUCAAUAAUCUCUUCGCUCUAAACAGUACUUCUCCAACAUACAAUAAGAGUUGGAUAGACAAAGGUGAAUUAUAUGCGUCUGGAGAAUUUGGUGCACGGCUUCGGGCCUUCUUCCAACCAAUGUACGAAGGCUUACAUAGCUUCUCUUCGUCCUCCACCGGCUACAAGCAAAUACGAUUGAGUAACAAUGAAAGUGAAUCAAAUAUGAAACUGAUUAACAAUGGACAUAUUGCUUACUUAAAGAAAAGCAAAAGAUAUUACAUGGAAAUAGCAUACGUUAAUACCUACAACCGACAAAAUGGUAUGAUUCAACUUCGAAUCUUCAGUUUCAACUCUUCAGUCAACAAUCAAGAAACUGGACUGGCACAAAAUGCGCAACAACAACUUUCAAUUUGUGCUGAGACUGUUAAAGAGAUUCAAGUAAUAAAAUUGGACAAUUUAACAGAAGAAGCACCAGUUGACGAAAUACAAGAGCUGAGAGUUACCAAACCUUUUCACGUUGGAAAAGAUGCCAUGUUCAAAUUGAUAUUCGGUGGAACGGCUACAGUUCCUCUGUCCAGUAAUGCAAUACCUCUGGAUGUACAGAAAGCAUUGGAAAGUUUGCCAAUGAUUGGAAGCGGUAAUGUACUAGUUACUGCCAAUUUUACAGUCAACUCAGCAAUUUACUUCAUUUUUCUAAAACUUGAUGUGGGUAAUCUACCUCUGAUCGGAGUGGAGACAAUCUCGGACAAAAAUGGAAAUAACCUCACAGUGAGCGUUAAGUUGAAUUUUAAUGGAACAGCAAGCAACAAACAAUUCGCCUUUUAUCUCGACAAUGUUAUGUCACCAGUCUUACCUGUUGAUGCACCCGAACAAAUGGUAAAAAAUGCUCUGGACGAAAUGUUUCGAGUGCGUUGCCAAAACUUCGUUACUGCUCCUAAUAAAAACACAAUAUUCCGAAAUGAUUUUGAGCUCACUUCAGACAGCAAUCAUAAUGGACAGAAAAUCUACGAUCAGAUACCAUUUUGUGGUAAAGUAUCAGUCAGAAAUCCCGAAUAUAUCUUCCGGAAAGAAGAAAUAAAAAAUGUCUACCUGGAGAACUACCCUACAAUGUGUGCUGCAUUUCGUGGUGAUGUCAAUAUCAAUCUGGAAGUGAAAUUAAUGUACCGCUUUCCAUCAGCCACCAAAGCACAAAGCAAGCAGCAAUAUAUUGCAACAUAUUUAACGCAUAUAGAUGAUUGGAAGUAUAUCUGCUUUGAUAUUUUAAAAUCAGUCAAAAUCAACGGCGCAGUGUUACAUCUGUUGGAAUCAAUCAAUAUUAAACGUAUCACAGCCAAAGAAGAUCUUUACAUAGAUUCGAUUAUUUUAACAAAGAUUGCACAAAAGGAAGAAGCUUCAGUGCUUACAAAUGCUAUGGUACGGCAGUUACCUCCCUUGAGCAACAUUCUCGCUGUAAAGGAGCUGCAAGUUAAAAAACUUGGUCGCAGUUUGUAUCAAAUAACACUCGAAUCCUACAACUGUACCGACAAUUUAUUACUCUUUCAAACAUUACCAAAUAAGCUAACAUUGAAUAGAAGUGAAAGUGUAACAACCAUCCCCGUAAAUCAACUCCCUGCUGGUGUGUGGCGUCUGCAAGCAGCAAGUCCUCCUCUUGGGGGUUCAAUCAGGUUACUCUUUCGCAAUGAAGAAAGCGCUGAUAUUCCUGUCUGGGCAAGUAAAGAGGAAAUGGAAUAUUAUCUCGAAGCGAUGCCGACGAUGGGUAAAAUGAAUGUCGAUAUUGAAGGCAAUUGUUCAUGCAAAACAUAUACAAUAGAAUGGAUCACCAACCCGGGUCAUAAAGAUAUGCUAACUCUGAUCAAAACUAACAUUACGGGGAUUAAUGUAACUUCCUCAGUAAAAAUUACGCGUUAUGGCGGCUACUACAUGAAACCAGUUCCAGGAGAACAUUUUAGAACAAUACAUAAAAAACCACAGGUGACCGCUUUUAUCAACGACAUCAGUACAGCUCUGGCUUCGGGUGGCGAUGCAUCAUUUGAAUGGACAAUGGCUGCCACACCCACUAUCACAAACGUGAAUCCUUCUCAAGGUCCUGUCCCAAUAAAUAUAACUAUAACUGGUUCAGGGUUCAAUGUUAUAGAUAAGCAUUGA